AUGCAGGAACUUCACCUGAGCUCACCAUCUGAUGCGCAGCUGUCGCCGUGCACCACCAAAUUGUUUGGAAAAGGAGGAAAGAAGGUUAGUGAGAAUCAUUUCAUGACUUUCUUUUUGUAUUCAGGAAGGAACGGAAGACAGUGA